CAUUGGCUUCUGACGUUCCCCUAUAUUACAACUUUCAUCAUUGCUUAAUUUAACGUAAUUCUUGUCCUGAAAAUUUCUUCUAGUUAGUUGGAAUGGAGAGCGAAACUUCGACCAACAAUGUGAAUAGUGAUUUAGAUCACAGUAAAGUGGAACACUGCUUUCAGGAGUUUUACACAGAGGUCAAAGAAAUUGAAAAACGCGACUCUGUUCUGACAUCAAAACAGCAAAUUGACCGUUUACUAAGAGCUGGCUCCUCGUACUUUAAUCUAAAUCCUUAUGAAGUACUGCUGGUCGAUUAUGAGCUUCCAGUGGAUGAGAUUAAAAAGAAAUAUAAGAGAUUGUCAAUAUUGGUCCACCCUGAUAAAAACACAGACGAUUCAGAACGUGCACAACAAGCCUUUGAAGUUAUCAAUCGAGCUUGGAAAAUUUUAGAGAAUGAGAAAACCAGAAAACGGUGUCUUGAGAUUGUUGCAGAGGCUACAGGCAUGACUGAUCUUGCGAUUGCUGAAAAAAGAAAAAAGUUGAAGAAAGAAGGAAAGGAUACAAGAGUUGAGGAGGAUGACCCACUCAAAUAUCGCCGUGCCGUCUAUGUGAUGACUAUAAAACUCUUCGCCGACAUGGAACGUAAGCGAAGAGAACUGGAGCAGCGUGACAUGGAGGAGCGAAAGCGCAAGAGAGAAACAGAAAUAGAGGCAGAAGAGAAGGCCAAGGUGGACAAAGAAUGGCAAAAGAAUUUCGAAGAAUCGCGUGAAGGACGCGUAAGUAGUUGGCAAAAGUUUCAAAAUAAGAAGACGAAAACGUCCAAAGGAUUUUUCAAGCCCCCUAAAAACAAGAUGGAACAACGCUAAAGAAAAGAAAAGGUACACGUUGGCCAUUGCGUUAAACCGUCUGUUUCAUGCCACGGGAAGAAAGUGACUUCCAUUGCAUUGAAAUUCUUAUUGUUUUCUUAACAAGAUCAAUAAAAUAUAAAGAUCUCCGA